UUGUUUAUUUUUAAUAAGGUAGACAGUUAUAUAGGAAUAUUGUUUUCUUAAGAAGUUUAGAUGGAUCCGAGUAAUCUUAAGCGAAAUCUAGUGUGUGUUUUGUUUCCUGGAAUUGUUAAAAAUGAAGAAAAAGCAGUGCAAUGUUUGGGCGGUCCAAGAGGAAUUUCACAGGUGUAUUCUCAGCCAACAAAGAAGCGUUUAGGUUUAAGCUUCCAACCUGAUAAUCCUUAUGUAAAGAAAACAUUUGCCGAUUGCAAGAGAACUGCUGGGGUUCUGCUUAAAGUUAAAGUAAAGAAGACAAAAGUAGACGGAAAAGAUACAAAACAAGUUGUUUCCACAACACUUCUUGGUUCUGUUAAGGUUAUAUAUAAGUUUGAGGCAAUGUGUGAUUUCCAGUAUUUACCUGUGAACAUUGAAGGACAAGAACCUCAAUGUAUAUUGGAGAAGAUUUUGCCAUCAGGAGUUGACACAUUUGACUUUAUGCUGAAACCUUCACCACUAUUUAUCGUACCUUCAAACUUUACAAGGUUUGAUAAGCCCAUAAACUAUAACUAUACCGAUAAAAGGUUCAUUGUCAAAGAACAGGAUGAAAAUCCUGAUAAUAUUCAUCGUAGAGCGCGGACUGAACGUGGUACACCACUUUUGCGGUACACUUUCAAUCUGGAUGAUGAUUUAGCAACAGAAGCUGAUGCUUAUUACAUAAAACAACUAGAAAUUAAAAAAGUUAUGUACCCACCACUGCAACAAGAAUUUGAGACGGUUAAAAAGCUUUUUGAAGAGAGACCAAUAUGGUCACUGAAUCUCAUCAAAUUCCAUACAAAAAUAAGGUUAUCGUCCCUGAAAAUAAUAAUGCCUUGCCUGGCUAUCUAUAUGAAGGAUGGACCCUGGAGAAUGUUGUGGGUUAAGUUUGGCUAUGACCCCAGAAAAGAGCCCGCCUCAAGAAUUUAUCAGACUCUGGAUUUCAGAUUAAGGCAUACAGCGGGUGUUCACUCAAUGGUGAUGACGCGAGAUAAAGUGGUGCACUACAAGAAGGCGGUGCGCGUUCGGCAGCUGCGCAACGAGCGCGUGGAGCCGCAGCCUCCGGACGACGUCAGCGAGGGCGCCGUGCGAUUCCGACCCGGCAUGGCGCCCUCUCAGCGACAGAUAUUCUACCAGUACUGUGACGUGCACUUGCCUGAAGUGGAAGAGAUCCUCGCGGUGGAGCCGCCGCCGGGGUACUUGUGCCACGAGAAGCGCGGCUGGCUGCCGCCCGACACCGACCAGAUCUGUCGCGACCACAUCUUCAGAUACGUCAAGCAGACCUUGCUCGCGACACACAGUGCUGACUUGAAGUUGGAGCAAGGGAGCUUGGAAAGCUGCGAAGAAGAUUCGAGUUCUGAUGACGACGAUGAAGGCAGCAUACCAGCUAACGAAACGGACGAUGUUUCAACACUUAAUCAAUAAA